CACUGGAUUCCCCUUUCGCAAUCCAGUGCUGGGGCUCUGGUUACAGAUUUACUUCAAACAAUGUCUGAUGUGUAAAGUCCUUCUUGACCUUCGUAAAGUUGUUCCCUCUUCUUAGGAACUGCUCACUGCUGCACCCGAAAGAUGAGUGCCCAGGAGGACCCCGAGAGCCAGACGCAGCAUGAGUCCCUGGACUCAGCAGCCACCACGGACCCCCGGAUGUCCCUGCCCACAGAGCCUAAGUUUGACAUGUUGUACAAGAUCGAGGAUGUGCCACCUUGGUAUCUGUGCAUCCUGCUGGGCUUCCAGCAUUACCUGACAUGCUUCAGUGGCACCAUCGCUGUGCCCUUCCUCCUGGCUGAGGCACUGUGUGUCGGUCGCGACCAGCAUAUGGUUAGCCAGCUCAUCGGCACCAUCUUCACAUGCGUGGGUAUCACCACCCUCAUCCAGACCACACUGGGCAUCCGGCUGCCGCUGUUCCAGGCCAGUGCCUUAGCAUUUCUGGUCCCAGCCAAAGCCUUCCUGGCCCUGGAAAGAUGGAAAUGCCCUCCGGAAGAGGAGAUCUACGGUAACUGGAGUCUGCCACUGAACACCUCUCAUAUCUGGCACCCACGAAUACGAGAGGUCCAGGGUGCAAUCAUAGUGUCCAGCAUGGUGGAGGUGGUAAUUGGGAUGAUGGGACUGCCUGGGGCUCUGCUCAACUACAUUGGGCCUCUCACAGUUACCCCCACUGUCUCCCUCAUUGGCCUCUCUGUCUUCCAAGCUGCUGGUGACCGAGCUGGCUCCCAUUGGGGCAUCUCAUCUUGCACCAUUCUCCUGAUCGUCCUCUUCUCCCAGUACCUGCGCAAUCUCACCUUCCUGCUGCCCGUCUACCGCUGGGGCAUGGGCCUCACUCUCUUCCGCAUCCAGAUCUUCAAGAUGUUUCCUAUCAUGCUGGCCAUAAUGACUGUGUGGCUGCUCUGCUAUGUCCUGACCCUGACGGAUGUGCUGCCCACAGACUCAGCAGCCUAUGGCUUCCAGGCACGAACAGAUGCCCGUGGCGACAUCAUGGGUAUUGCACCCUGGAUCCGCAUCCCCUACCCCUGUCAGUGGGGUCUGCCCACAGUGACUGCAGCAGCUGUCCUCGGCAUGUUCAGUGCCACACUCACUGGCAUCAUUGAGUCCAUCGGAGAUUACUAUGCUUGUGCCCGCCUGGCUGGUGCACCACCACCUCCAGUACAUGCUAUCAACAGGUAUGCCCACCUGACCCCCUCAGAGGCCACGCAGGAAGCAAAUAUACAUGGGUUGAGUUCCAGAGGUAUAGACUUGGGCAAAUCACUCUCUCCAGACCUCGUUUUAUGACAUUGGGAUGCUCAUUACUCUGAGAUUGUUGGGAGUAGCUGAGGAGAUACUGGAGUCUGAGGAAAACCAGUCAUUGACAAAUUUCCUUGUGCCUAGCCUUCCGUGUACAUUAUCUUAUCCAAUCUACUAACGUUGUGGAGACAGGUACCUUUAUUAUCCCAUUUUACAUACGAGGAAACUGAACCCCAGAAUUGCCCAAUGGAGUAAACAACUGCCAGUGCACUGGGAAUAGUGCUCCGACCUGGCUCCUAGCUCCCAGACCUACUUCUGGCCUGGAGUGGGGAAUACUACAGAUAGUUGCAGCCCAUACAGCCCCCAAGACGACAGGCAACCUGGCCAGGGUGGUGGAAGGACCCAGAUCAGGGUAGAGUCUGCACCAAGGCCCCCAUUCACCCUUUUCUUCUAGGGGCAUCUUCACCGAAGGCAUCUGCUGCAUUAUCGCGGGGCUACUGGGCACGGGUAACGGGUCCACCUCAUCCAGCCCCAACAUCGGUGUCCUGGGGAUUACCAAGGUGCCACCCCGCCUGAGCAGCACUAAGUCCCUAUACUCAUAUUCUGUGUUCUGCAGGCCUC